AUGCCCGGACCGAUUGACCCGGAAACUCUUUACACCAAACAAGCAUGCAUUGGUGGUGGAAGUUUCGGCAGGGUCUACAAAGGAGUAGAUAAGAUCACUGGAGACUCGGUGGCAAUCAAGGUUAUUGACGUGGAAAAUGCCGAAGACGACGUGGACGAGAUCAUCAAGGAGAUUGCGAUUCUAUCCGAGCUGAAGUCUCCAUAUGUCACCAAGUACCAUGGCUCGUAUCUGAAGGGCUCAAAUCUCUGGAUUAUCAUGGAGUUUUGCUCUGGUGGUAGUUGUCAUGGCUUGUUGCGUCCCGGUGUGAUCCAUGAAGAGUAUAUCGCAAUCAUUCUGCGAGAGCUUCUUCGAGGGUUGGACUACCUCCAUGGCGAUCAAAAAUUGCAUCGCGACAUUAAAGCCGCGAAUAUCCUAUUAAGCGCAAGUGGGCAGGUCAAGUUGGCAGAUUUUGGUGUAUCGGGUCAACUAUCAGCAACUAUGACCAAGAAAAACACGUUCGUUGGAACCCCCUUUUGGAUGGCUCCGGAAGUCAUCAAGCAAUCGGGCUACGACUACAAAGCGGAUAUCUGGUCUUUGGGAAUUACGGCAAUUGAAUUGGCAUGCGGAGAUCCUCCAUAUGCCGAUAUUCACCCGAUGAAAGUGUUAUUUUUGAUUCCCAAAAAUCCGCCUCCUACUCUCAAUGGCAACUUCAGUAAGCCUUUCAAACAAUUCGUUGAGUUGUGUUUGCGACGAGAUCCAAAGGAGCGACCCUCUGCCAAGGAGUUGCUGGAACAUCCGUUCAUCAAACGGGCGAAGCGGACAACAUACCUCACCGAGCUCAUUGAACGCGCAGAGCGCUGGCAAGCGACCCACCAGGGGCAAGGAGACGAUGAAGAUGAAUAUGAUGAACCAUAUGAGGCUGUUGAGCAAGACCCCGUAGAGCACGAGGAUCUUUGGGACUUCGGCACUGUUCGCCCGGCUGGUGGACGAUCGGCAGCGCCGCCUUUACGUCAAAUGAAUGACUCGGCUACCAACUCUCGUUCUCAGGAGGUUGAGGAGUGGGAUCUGAGAGACGAUGCUAAAAAGGCACCGUCAUCUCAACCAGUGCCAACUCGACCGAAUCCUGCAAACUCCGCUGUUGAAGGUUCUCCAUCCAAAAAGCCCCUCCCUCUCUCUGUGCCGUCCUCUCCAGUAAAGCAGGCAAAUACACAACCUUCGAACACCCCUUCACGCCAGACUCGUCCUAACAAUCCAGCCAGCCCACUUGAAGAGAACUCCCCCAAGGGGCCCAGUGAACGAUAUGCACAAGCAAUGAUGGAGUACGCUAGUGGGCUUCGGGCCAAUGUAUCACCUCAGCCCAAAUCCCCCGCAGUCGGAUCUAGUAGCGCAACAAGGGAACAAAGUCCUCUCUCCAGAAAGCCUACACAAGCCCAGCGUCCUCUCCCUGAUGUCAAUUCAAGUCCAGCUCCUCCUCGCCAGGCGCCUGCCACGGCCCUUCAGAAGCAACCGGAGGUAGUAUCCCCAAAUGCGAGACCGCCAUCUGGACUCAAGUCUAAACUUGCACCGAAAUACGAAGAGCGUCUUUCUAGACAACAGACCCCCACUUCUAGUCCUCGUGUAAACGAGCAGCCAAAACAACUACCACAAAUCCCGGCCAAAACCCCGGUGGAGAAUGAGAGGGCAACUGCUUACGGUUCUGUCAUUAUCCCUGCCCUUCGUGCAGCCAUGAAUCGACGUGGGCGCAAUCUCACUCGUCUUGAUCCUGCACGAAACCCUAACAACCAAGCAACCCCCGAAGAAGAGCAGCAGUGGGAGCGAAGCGUUCGUGUCCACCGCCAUAUGGACCAUAUAGUCGAUGAUAUUUCCAGAGCCUUCACAAACCUUCAUCGCUGGGAUAUGGAAGACCAGGUCCAGAUGGGUGGCGGUGUUGAUGUCACACUUGAUGCUUUCCUGGAGGAAAUUCUAGUACGGCUUCAGCCUGGUGCUGCCCCAGGCUCUACUUGA